AUGUUGCCCAGUGGUGGUGUAUUUCUGGGCGUGCUGCUCUGCCUGUGCUGCUCCUGGCAUGUGAGCCAGGCCGAUGUGGCUAAGCUCGUUUGUUUCUACGACACCUCGAGUUUUGUCCGUGAAGGUGAGAGCGAAAUGUCGUCUAAUCUUACGUUACAGACCUUGCACAACUAUCGCUCAGUGAACUGGAGCCGGCUUUAAAUUUUUGCAACUUUCUGAUUUAUGGAUAUGCGGGCAUCGAUGCGGAAAGCUUUAAGAUCAAGAGUCUCAAUCCGGAGCUUAGCGAUAAAUGAAGUGCAUAUUGAAUGCAUGAAGUUAUGGUUACAGUUUCCACACUUACCACUGGCCAGCACCAAUAGACCCACAAUAAAAGCUAUCGAAAUUUA